CAGUAAUGCAAACCUGAUUUUUCACAUAUCACAAUAACACAGAGAUAGAAUCCUUGUUUGCAGCGCGCUUCCGGAAGCAAUUGCCUCGCACAAAUUGCUCGAGAGCUACUGGACGUCGAGCCACGACCAUGGCGCUAGGAGUCUGUUCGCAGACUCAUGUAGCGUGUACAGCCAGCCAGCGACAGGGCUCUGCAGUGACCCCGCGGCCGAGCAGGGCGCCCGGGCUAGCGAUCGUAGCACCUCGCCCAACCCGCUCCGUCUCCGUGGCCGUUGCCACCAACAGAGGCAGGGGCGGGUCGCAGGAUGACAUGGACAUCCACGAGACGAAGCUUGGUCCGAACGUGAUAGCCUCGGUUAAGGACCUCAAGUCGGGAGUCAAGUGGGGCACGGCCACAGUCGUCCGGAACGACGCUGCCAACCUGGACGGCUCGGUGCGUGUACUGCACCUGUCGGUGGCGGACCACGUGGACAUGCUGUACGGCCGCCGCGUCAAGGGCGUGCCGGACCAGUCCCGCUGGAUCGAGUCGUACACGAUCCCGGGCCAGUGUGUGGGAGUGCGCGUGCCGGGCAGCGGCGAGGCCGCCGCGCCGCCGCAGCGGCUGUACGCCAUCGCCUCCACGCCCUACGCCUCCCGCCGGGACUCGGCCUACGUGGACGCCUCGCUCAUUGAGAUUGUGGUGGAGCGCACGGCGGGCGCGGCGGACGCGGCCCUGGCGGACAUGGGGCCUGGCUCCCAACUGGAGGUGACCCAGGUCAUCGGCCGCGGCUUCUGCUCGCUGCUGGACUCGUACAACGGCCUCACACACGCCAUGGAGGAGGGCCGCAACCUGGUGCUCAUCGGCAUGGGCAGCCGCGGUCUGGCGGCGCUGCGCUCCGCGCUCAACUGGCAGCCGGUGCUGGCGCACGCCUCCUCCGGCCGCAGCGUGGCGGCGCUGUACGUGGCGCACAGCGCAGGCCGCGCCGCCUUCGUCACGGAGUGGGACAGCUGGCGCGAGGCGGGGAUGCGGCUGCGGCCGCUGUACACGCACCCCAACGCCAACGUGGACGACGAGGCGGUGGUGGGCAACGGGCACGGCGGCGGCGGCGGCGGCACCGAGCAGCAGCUGGACGCGGGGCGGGCGAUGGAGCUGCUGCAGUAUGGGCUGUUCAUGGGCGAGGGAGGGUUUGAGGGCGUGUGCGGCGGCUCCGCCGGCUCCGCCUGCUUCCUGCUGGCGGGGCUGCCCGGCGAGCUGGCCAGCGGCCUGGCCAAGCAGCUGAGCGCCAAGGGCGUCGCCUACGACCACAUCCUGUUCGCGCAGUCGGACUUCUUCUAGGCCGGGGGCGCUGUGUGCCGCCUACCUAAGUGCCGCCUACGCGCCUGUGUGUGCCGCCUACCUAGGUGCCGACUACCUAGGUGCCGCCAGGCCGGCGUGUCCUGGUCACGCAGCCACAGGCCUUUUCCGGGCGAUGGCGGGGCUGUGGGGAGUGGUCGAGCGGAUGCUAGAUAGAUGGUCGAGCGGCUGUGGGUGGCUGGGCGACCCAGGCGGCUGGGUGGCUGGGUGCCAACACUGGGAGCCGGCGCUGUGCCGCCGUGCAGUGCCGCCAUGGCGGGCGCAUAGGUGGGAACCACGUCAUUGUGACGGAUAGGCGGCGCAUGUGUGGCGGCAGGCGUGGGGCUGCUGGCUUGACUCCGGGAGGAAUAGACGUGCCGGUGCCGUGUGUGUGUGUGUGUGUGUGUGUGUGUGUGUGUGUGUGUGUGUGUGUGUGUGUGUGUGUGUGUGUGUGUGUGUGUGUGUGUGUGUGUGUGUGUGGAAGGGCGCGGACGGCGUGCGCAGCAACGCCUGUGGGGCACGCCAGUUGAGCCGGGUGUCCGCAAUUGCAGCGGCUACGGCGCUCCGGGAGCGCGGCGGCAGCGGGGCUGCGAGGGGAUGCGCUGUGGCGGUCAUGGACUUCACGCAGCAGCGGGGCGCGGGUACGGAUAGGAAGUCGGGACCAAGCAUCGUUCCUUGUGAACGGAGGUUUUGAGGAUGUAUGACUGCCGAACUCGUGAAAAGCAGCGAAUGUUAUGGCUGGAAGAAAGUGCAACCAGGGUAGCUGGUACCAGUGGUACGUGUUGACGGAAGGUGGCUGCGGGAGGACUGCAUUGGGCGGGCGGGCACCAAGGGUCUUUGUCUGCUGGGAACACGCGGCAUGUGCGCCAAUGAAGGGCCACGGCUGCGCGUGCAUGAGGCGCGGAGAUCUGCAGGGCUCCUGCCAACACGCAUUCAGGCGGCGUGGCGAGUGGCAAUCGCUGCAUGGGUUUCGAGCGUUGCGGGUGCAUGCAUGCAAGUGUGUCAGAGGCAUGCCUGGGCAGAUUGAUGCAUCACGCUGUGAGGGCUCUUGGGUUCGACCUUGCGUAGUCGCCAUUCCAGGCAGUGCUACGCUUCUCUCAGGCCUCAGGGAGGUUGUGGAUAUUGCACGAUACUCGGCAAGUGCUUGCGGGGUCGUACGACGUGUGGUCUGUGUGGGUGGUUGUACGGGCGUGAGCAUGUGGUUGCGCGCCGCGGCGUGCGCAGCAGGGCUCCUAUCUUAAUGUCUCCAGACAUUAAUUGGCCAUUUUGGCCGUUUCCUAGACAUUCCUCCUGGGGACUAAUGUGUGAGGCAAGACAUUGUUCGCCCGGUUUUGGGGCGGGUUUUGUCCCAAUUCCUAUGGAGAAGCCCCCAAACCGCCAUGUGCCCAGACAAAAGACGGCGGCCACCCGGCCGGUUUUGUCUGAGCCUAGACAUUGCCCUGAAAACAAGAUACGACCCCUGGUGCGCAGCGCAGCACACCACAAAACGGCACCAGCGUUGGUACAGUGUAAGAGAGGCGCAGU